AUACUCUCGUAAUCCGAGUGUCGUUACGUCCGAGUUAAACGUCAAUUAAGAAGUGCUUAAAGUGGCUUAAAGUUAAGUAGGUGGUGACGGUCAAAGGGUGUCCGUCCACUUUGGCAACAGCGCGAUGGACGGACCCCGCCUACCUUCAAGCAUAGGUAACCAUAGAGAGAGAGUUCACAGGUGGCAACCGAACCAAGCCAAACAAACACACGAGCACCAUCAUAUUCCGUCCAACCAUUCAACCGUCCAUUUGUUUGGUAGUUAGUUAGUUAGUUACAUGUAGUUUCGAGUGAAGCGUACGAUAAAAUAAAGAAACAAAUGCUUCGUUAACAUUCCUCAAGAAGAAAGAUUCAUCAUGACCGCAUCACCGAAGCACCAGAUGAGCGAGAAAGAAAGGUACGCGAAUUUCCUGUACAACAAAGAGGACGGCACCUAUUUGGGCCGCAGCAAGGAGGGCUGGGCCAAAAUAUGUCUGUUUUACCUGGUGUUCUAUGGCAUGUUGGCGGCCUUGGUAGCAAUAUGCAUGUGGGUGUUCUUCCAAACUCUGGACCCGAGGAUACCGAAAUGGCAGAUGGACAGCUCCAUCAUAGGCACGAAUCCAGGGUUGGGUUUCAGACCGAUGCCCACCGCCGACAACGCCGAAUCCACGCUGAUCUGGUUCGAGGGAUCUAACAAGACCAACUUCAACAAAUGGGUUAAUAACUUGAGCGCAUUCCUCGACAAGUAUUAUACGCCCGGUAAGACUGAGAAAGGAACGGCUUCGAUCCGUAAGUGCAGCUACAACCAGCCGCCCAAGAGGGGUCAAGUUUGCGAUUUUGACGUGCGGCUGUGGGGCGAGUGCAGCCCUGACAAAUUCUUCAAUUACCAUAGGAACGCUCCUUGCAUCUUCCUCAAGCUGAACAGGAUCUACGGAUGGGUCCCGGAGUAUUAUAACGACAUCCACGAUCUUCCAGAAAACAUGCCGGAUGAUCUCAAGAAGCACAUUGCCAGCGUCAAACCGGAAGAGAGAAAUACUAUUUGGAUUAGCUGCGAAGGUGAAAACCCCGCCGACAUCGAGUAUUUGGGUCCAAUUAGCUACCAUCCGCAGGUACAAGGUUUCCCCGGUUACUACUAUCCGUACGAGAACUCGGAAGGCUACUUGAGCCCUCUGGUUGCCGUGCAGUUUUUGAGGCCAGUUUCUGGUAUCGUCAUUAAUAUUGAAUGCAAGGCUUGGGCCAAGAACAUCAAGCACAGUAGAGCCGACAGGACCGGAUCCGUUCACUUCGAGCUUCUGAUCGAUUAGACACAUCUAAAUAUUAUUAAACGAAGAAGAAGAAAAAAAAACAGUUUUAAUUUUUAAUUCAUAAGCAAAAGGAGGAAGCGCGACUCGUACAGUUGGUUGCAGUACCACCAAAGACACCGUGGUUCACGAUGAUUUUAAUUUUUACCUUUUUAUUCGUAUGUACAUAUAUUUGUUUCACAUUUUAUAUAUAUAUAUUUCUACAAUCAUACCUAUUUUGUUGAGCUUUUCAUCUGUAAUGAGAAAAAUAGAAAAUAAUAUAUAUUACUAUGUUAAUAAAUUAUUUCCUGUA